GCUGAGUUCGUUCGUGUCGCAGCAGCAGCAGCAGCAGUAGCAGUCGCAGCAGCAGCAGCGAGUGUGCCGAUAUUCCGUUCGUUACAUAAAGAAGAGAUUUCAAAUAGCAAGUUUAAGUGCGCUGCUCGGCGGCGGAUGGCAUAAAUCAUUCAGCAUUGUGAUAAACAUUUUAAAGAAGCCAGCGCGACCCACGAAAUUUGAGAAACCCAUUUGAAAUCGAAUGAAAAGAAAUGUAAUGAAAUGAGUUGCGAUAACCAGUGACUGUGUAUCUGGUAUAUAGAGUCCUAUAUGUGUAGAAAAAAUAUGAAAUAUGAAAAAUUUAAGAACGACUGGCAAAAAUAAAUAAAAAUACCGAAACAAAUUCAGAUACAGAUAGAAGGAAAAGUGCAAGUAGAAGGACAACAAAAGCGGAAACCAGCGCAAACAAGGACCUGUCAGCAAACAGGAAAAUCAACGCAAAGUGCAGAAUUAUUUAAUCAACGCCAGCCAGUCGUCGUCAGCAAGUGAAACACCCUGGAAACGCCUAAAAAUAGAGGACACGCGAUAACCAAAAAUAGAACGUAAUGAUAAACCAAAACCAAAGUACCUGCAACAAUGAAAUUGAGCAAAUCUUAAAAGCAUAACCCAAAAAAGCAAGCCCAAGAUUAGCAUUACUUUUAAAAAUAUACAAACGACUCUCGCUAUAUACAAAAAAGUGCUACAGAUAAACGAUAUCCGCAAAUAAGUUUAAACUAAAAAACCCGUAGUUCGUUGCCGUUUGUUCACCGCUGGAAGCUAAAGAUACAGCCCAAGGAUAUAGAGCGUUAUCCCCGUUGAGAUAGAGUAAUGGAACUAACCUCGUAGUUUGUAGAGAGACACGCGUCUCUGCCCGUAGGACAGCAAACAGACAGCAAAUUCAAAUAACCGCAACAUAAACGCACUUAACGACUAACUAAAACUACCAAGUAGUUGCCUCUCUAUAUACAACAUAUAUAUAUAUAUAUAUAUACACCUACGAGAUAUAUACAAGAUACUUAGCCGUAGCGAAUCUAGAUAAACGCCAGUCUGUAUAUCUACCUGUAUGGAUUUAUUUUUAUAAUGCCGCUAAAGCAAAACUCGAUCCCAUCCCCGAGCCCCGACCCGACCUCCACCUAGGCUUUUCAAAUUGCAUCUGAAUAAGUAACGACAGCGAUUAAUGCAUUAAUUGGGUGGCGAAGGACGUUGCCACACGGAGCCGGAGUCCCGAGGAGGGACUGUCGCCGGGUCCGGACUUGGAUUCGGAUCCUUUGCGUGCUGCUCGUGCCAGAUACGAAACUCAAACACAAACACGCCCAGGACCCCAGGACCCCAGAUACAAGCGUACAGGACGAUAUUAAGCUACCUGCUUUGGGUUUCCCGUGUUGCGCUGCCUUGACGUAACUCCGCCUUAACUCGCGUCGCUUCCAUUUGCCACAAAAGUGAACAAAAAAUAGAAGGCGACCGCAAAGCCAAAACUGCGGUGCGUUCGUUAAACUUUCAUGACCAAACAUUAACUUAAGCAGGGACGAGGAGGAGGAUUGGAGCGGCUAGAGGGUUGGAAGCCAGAGGAAGCAAACCGAGCUGUCAUCAUCCUGCAAUCCCCCCUAGUUUGUUAUUUGUGAUAAAUAAUUCAGCGAUCCAACGGAUCCCGAUCCUGCCCACCCCACUUCAGCUCCAGUUACCGAUAGCGUUCCUGUUCCUCUGUUACAGUUAUAGCUCCAGCUCCAGUUCCAGUUCCAGGCCCCACCAUCACAUCUGUACACCACCAACCGAAUAGCAACAAUAACUAUACCUUAGAGGAUAAACGACAUUUAUAAUCCAAAGUACAAAACGAAUAGCCCCGAAAAACGCUGUUAACUAAAUUAAAACCAAAGCAGAACUAUAAAUAGUAACAUAUGGUAUUAUUAUACACGCAACUCUCAAACAGAUAAAGUCAUAAAGUCACAUAACCUCAAAACGAACAAGCGCAUAACGAAACGAAACCGAGCGAAAAGUGAAGAACGAUAAGCAAUACAAGCAGUGCUGUUGACUAUUUUAGAGGCCACCUUUUAGAUACCUUCACCCAACCUACGUUACUCAACCAAACACCUAAGAACCCACCAAAAACGAAUCGAAAACCUAACCUAUAAACCUAAAACCUAAAAAACACGGAUAAGGACGACUACGGCGACGGCGAUGAACAGCCCCAUGUGCGAGUGAGACAGCCAGAUAGCAGGAUUGCACGAGGGAGAGGGAGAGUAACACAACGAAAAGCAAUUUAUUUUUGUUUACUUGUCCGUGUGCCCGAGCUCUGGACUUGUAUUAGUUAAUGCCAAAAAUCGAAGCGGAAGUUGCACCCACACCUGCACACUCUACUAGCACACACACACACGCCGCCAUGACAAGGCCAAGAAUUGCAGCGGGCAUUGCGGGGCCUUUCCGGCGGCAAUAGCAACACCCUGAAAGGGAAUUAAAGCAAAAAAAUAUAACCAGAAAUACCCCCGAAACAACAACGUUGCGUUACGUUAGCGAAGGUGGCGCGAGUGGUUCGAUGUGGCUCGAAUUCGAGUUCGAGUGCAGGUGGUGACGUGACAGCGGCGGCGUCGUGGGUCCAAGAAAAUGCACGUUAAACACACUCAGCGCCGAGUCAGCGGUCCUGGAGCCUUCGGAACCUUUACCAACGAUCAACGUGCCAGCCGCGACAACUUGUGCCCGGACAGCCAGCAUCAGCAGCAGCACUCGCACUCGCACCAGCACUUGGUGCGCCAGUCUCUGGUGAGUCUCAGCAACGGCCAGCCGGCGGACAGCGUCUCGCUGCUGCGGGCGGGCGAUGAGCAGCAGCAUCACCUCCAGCAGCAGCAGCAACAGCAGCAGCAGCAACAUCUGCAACAGCAGCACCUGCAACAGCAACGUCAGCAGCAGCGCAGCAGCAGCAGCCGGCUUUCGACCAGCGGCAUCUCCAAGCAGAACUCCGGGGACAGCCGGAGCGGCCUGCGAAUCCUCGACAGCAGCCACAGUCCCGUCAGCUGCGGCACCCAGAGCGUGAGCAGCACUGGUGGCCAGUCGGCGCUCUACGAUGCCUGCCACGAGUACUCGCGCAGCUUAAGUGCAGCGGCUGCAGAAGGCGCCGGUGCGCUGCUCAAGAGCCACUACAGUGACCAGCAGUUGGCCAGCCAGCCGGACCCAGACCCAGAUCCAGAUCCGGAAAGGGAUAGGGAUCGGGACAGGGACAGGGACAGAGACAGGGACAGGGAGCGUCGCCACCUGACCAACCUCAAUCUCAAUCUGAACAGCGAGUACGACUACAGCGGGAGUGACAAGCAGCAACUGGUCAACGAGACGUACAUCUUCAAGUGCAUCGCCAACAGUCCCUCGUUCCUGCGUACCAACAAGAUCAAGGAGCAGUCCAAGAAGCUGCGCAAUCUCUCCCUAAAGACGCGCACGGCCAAGAAGAAGGGCCAGAUCAUCUCGAAGUCGAACGCGGUGUCGGAUAACUCGCUGCAUCCGGGUGACAAGUACCUGAACUUGUAUCUGGUGGAGAAGAAGCACUCGCUGCAGCCUCAGGUGGCCUCCAGCUCGAGUUCCAGCCCGCAUCCGCAGGCCUCCUCGGCGCCGGCCAGCUCGUCGUCCACCUGCACGAGGGCCCAGCAGUUGCCCGCCUUGUCGGCGGUUGCUGCCCGCCAGCAACAGUUGCUGCUGAACGGCUCGCUCAAGGGCAAGGGUCAGGGGCAGGGUCAGGGUCAGGGACGGCAAACGCUGCCCGGUCAUCGGGGAUCGGUGAGGAGCGAGGGCGGAAGCGGGAGCAGCCACACCAUUCCGGCGACGGGCAAGAGUCCGCCGGUGCCGCACUCGCUGGCGGCCAAGAUCAGCAGCUCGGCCAGCGGCAGCAAGAACUGCAAUUUGCUCAGCGCCAGCAGCAACUCAUGCCACAAGCUGCACGCCCAGGGAUCGGGAGCUGGAGCAGGAGCAGCGGUCUCCCCGAAGAGUUCGGUCAGCAGCAACGGGCACCUGAACAAGUACUGCCUCACGGACCUCACGCGCCGCAAGGCCGAGUUCAAUCGCCAGCUGAGCGCCCCCACGGACUACACGCACCACUCCUCCAGCAACGGGUCCCAGCAGGAGGGCUCCUCGGAGGCCAACGAGGGCCACGAGCCGGUCGGCGAGUCGACCAUCACCGUAGCCAGCGCCGGGGUCGCGUAUCCGCAUCCCUACUCGUACCCGUAUCACCACGCCUCCUCCUCGGCCACAGCGCCCGCCAACCUCAAGGCGUCGCUGCAGCUGCACAGCUUCGGGGGCCACCACCCGUGUCCUUACCCGGCAAGGCCCACGUCCACGUCGUGCACCAACAGCUUCAACCGGCGCCACAUCCGCCGGCACAAGAGCAAGCUCGGCGAUCGACUGCUGAGCGGGGACAGUGAGGAGUCGGUACGCUGCUCCUACUGCUCGGUGCUGAACGUGAACGAGAACGACCUGCGCAUUUCGUUCGAGAACACCUGCACCGACUCGCUGGUCACCGCUUUCGAUGAUGAGGCCCUGCUAAUAUGCGACCAAGGAACCGAAAUGGUACACUUUGAUGACGUGUCGUUGUACGGCACUCCGAAAGAGGAGCCCAUGCCCAACAUACCGAUCGUGUCGGAAAAAGUCUCUGCGAAUUUCCUAAAAAGUCAAUUGCAAUCAUGGUUCCAGCCGACGGACAACCGACUGGCCAUGAAACUGUUUGGCAGCCGCAAGGCCCUGGUCAAGGAGCGCAUACGUCAGAAAACUUCCGGGCACUGGGUCAUACACCCGUGCAGUUCAUUCAGGUUUUACUGGGACCUUUGCAUGCUUUUAUUAUUAGUAGCAAAUCUUAUUAUCCUGCCAGUCGCAAUAUCAUUCUUCAACGAUGAUCUGAGCACACGAUGGAUUGCCUUCAACUGCCUAAGUGAUACUAUUUUUUUAAUAGAUAUUGUAGUCAAUUUUAGAACAGGAAUUAUGCAACAAGACAACGCUGAACAAGUAAUAUUGGAUCCAAAGCUUAUAGCUAAACACUAUUUAAGAACUUGGUUUUUUCUCGAUUUGAUUUCGUCGAUACCGCUAGAUUAUAUAUUUUUAAUUUUCAAUCAAAUUAUGAAAUUGCAGGAUUUCUCUGAUUCUUUUCAAAUAUUGCAUGCCGGACGAGCCCUGCGCAUCCUGCGCCUGGCCAAGCUGCUCUCCCUGGUGCGCCUGCUCCGCCUUUCCCGCCUCGUGCGCUACGUGUCCCAAUGGGAGGAGGUCUAUAUUCUGCAGAAUCUACAGAAAAAAAGUGCUGAUCGCAGAGGGAGAAUGAACAGAAAAGACAAAGAUGGCUUGACAAAAAGCAACCUAAUUCUCAAGUUCCUCAAUAUGGCCUCGGUCUUCAUGAGGAUCUUCAAUUUAAUUUGCAUGAUGCUCCUGAUCGGCCAUUGGAGCGGUUGCUUGCAGUUCUUAGUGCCAAUGUUGCAGGGUUUUCCAUCCAACUCCUGGGUCUCCAUCAACGAGUUGCAGGAAUCGUACUGGCUGGAGCAGUAUUCGUGGGCAUUGUUCAAAGCCAUGUCGCACAUGCUUUGCAUAGGCUACGGCAGAUUCCCACCACAAUCACUGACAGACAUGUGGCUCACGAUGCUGUCGAUGAUAUCCGGGGCCACCUGUUACGCAUUGUUCCUCGGUCACGCGACCAAUCUCAUCCAGAGCUUGGACUCCAGCCGGCGCCAGUAUCGCGAGAAGGUCAAACAGGUGGAGGAGUAUAUGGCCUAUCGCAAGCUACCGCGCGACAUGCGACAGCGCAUCACGGAGUACUUCGAGCAUCGGUACCAGGGUAAAUUCUUCGAUGAAGAGUUGAUACUUGGCGAGUUGAGCGAGAAAUUGCGCGAGGAUGUCAUCAACUACAACUGCAGAUCCCUCGUGGCGUCAGUGCCUUUUUUUGCUAAUGCCGAUUCGAAUUUCGUUUCCGACGUAGUUACCAAACUGAAAUACGAAGUUUUCCAACCAGGUGAUAUUAUCAUAAAGGAGGGUACGAUCGGUACUAAGAUGUACUUCAUACAGGAGGGCGUGGUAGACAUUGUCAUGGCCAACGGCGAGGUUGCCACCUCACUGUCGGAUGGCUCUUACUUCGGUGAGAUCUGUCUGCUGACCAAUGCGCGUCGUGUGGCCAGCGUGCGAGCCGAAACCUAUUGCAAUCUAUUCUCGUUGAGCGUGGAUCAUUUCAAUUGCGUUCUGGAUCAGUAUCCGCUGAUGCGCAAGACCAUGGAGACUGUGGCCGCCGAGCGGUUGAACAAGAUUGGCAAGAAUCCAAACAUAAUGCAUCAGAAGGACGAGCAGCUGAGCAAUCCGGAGUCGAACACGAUUACGGCUGUGGUGAAUGCGCUGGCUGCCGAGGCGGAUGACUGCAAAGAUGAUGACAUGGAUCUCAAGGAGAAUUUACUGCAUGGGUCAGAGUCGAGCAUUGCUGAGCCGGUGCAGACGAUACGUGAGGGUCUGCCGCGGCCGCGGAGCGGAGAGUUCCGGGCCCUGUUCGAGGGCAAUACCCCAUGACACUGAGGAGCGUCGACGAGCGGUGCCGGCGGGCAUCGGGCAUCCAUCUGAGCCAGCGAUCGCUGGACACUCACUCAACUAAGCCUACACCCAUACCACACACAGGACUCCACACUCACACCUCUCUCACACACACACACUGCGUAUAUAAUAAUUUAGUAAAAGGAACCCCAAGACGCGAUAAGAGUACACUAAAAAGAAUCAAUUUAUGGUAGACACUCUAUAUAUGCAAUUGCGAUUUAGUAGAAAACGUAUUAAAAACGAAAAAUCCAAAAAAAGAUAAAACAAUUACACAAAAAAUGUCCUCAAUAAUUAUUCAUAAUUUCAGCUCCGCUAACUGUGAUGACUUUAAUAUAAGAAUCGAAAAAAAUUAACAAAAAAAAGAGAAAACGAGUACAUACAGAGAUAAAUUAUACGAUAGAGAGAACUCAGCAGCCAGCAGAAAGAUCAGAAAAUCACAACCCACAGCCAUAGAAUGUUUGCCACCCCACACUCAAAACAACACACCACACACACCCAAUACACCAGACAUAUAAAGUAAAUCUACAUAUAAGUUUUAUGCCCACGAUAUUGUAACGAUAACGAAGUGAAUAGACUUUUGAAUUGCUACAUAGGCGUUAGUCCUAUGGACCUACUACAAGAACACUCAACCACACGCAAGCGAGCACACCUGUGGCUGGCCAGGUGAACGGGUCAAAGGGUGACAGGUAUCAGGCAUCAGGCAUCAGGCGACAGGCAACAGGUUACAGACAUGCAUCAACUUAUGAUAAAAUCGAAGCGAAGCGUUACAGCAUACCAAAACAUAUUUAUGCGCGUAGCUAUUAUGUACUCGAGCAACCAACAAACAAACAACCAAACAAUUAUGUAUUAUUGCGAUUAUAUAGCAUAUUUAAAUACGCAUUGCAAAAAGGGAAAACAUAACUCAGCAAUAUACAAAACAAGAAAACAACCCAAGAAACAAAGCAAAACAAAAAGAAAAGUAUUUAAGCAAAUUUAACGAAUGCGCAUUAGUAGUUGAACUAUUAGUUUUUCACUCACUAACAAACAAAACACCACUCGACACACAACGUAGUAGAGAAGCCUCAACAAAAAAAAAACAAAAAACAAAUGAAAAAUAUAUUAAAAACCAACCUCAGGGUGCCGUCGUUUCAGCGGUCACCAAAAAAUAAAAAAAAAUAAGAACAGACAAGAAACCAACUAUAUACACAACAUAUAUAUACAAAACAUAGACAAUGUUGUCUUUUAUAGGGAAUUGUUAAAGCGCCUCAGUUACAAUUCAAGUAUUUAUUGCGGGCCUGCCGCCGAGCAAGAUCAUGAUUUUCCAUUCAGACUCCGAAUUUCCGUUCGAGAUACCACAUUUAGUUGCCAGCGAGAUAUCUUUUGCAAGUGGUUCGUCUUUGAGUCCUUGGUUGUUUUACUUUCGGACAUAAAUCAGGCGAAGGACAGCGACUUGUUGAGGGAUUUAUGUAACUUAGUAUUUUAUUACACGUAAACUAAUAAAACGAAAGCAGAAGGACAGCGUUUGCCUUAAAAUAAUA